AUGCGUCGUACCCACCUCGCCGCUCGCGUCGCGACGCACGCCGCGGCGUCGUGUUCGCCCUUCGCCACGGUGUCUUCGUCGUUCGUUCCGGCGACGCGUUCGGCGCGCGCAUCGUCGACGACGGCGUCCGACGCGCGCGUGCGUCGAGAGACGACGACGACGUCAUCGACACCGAGACUCCUUCGCGAACACCUCCACGAUGCCCUGUACGCACCGCGCACGGGGUACUUCACGAACGAGAGCUCGAGAACGACGCCCGUGGGGACGAUGGAGGAGGGCGCGAUUGAUUUUAAGACUUUGAGAGGACAAGAUGACUACUUCGCCGAGCUCAACCGUCGAUACGCCAAACUCGGGGCGCAGUGGUUGACCCCGGGAGAGAUAUUCGCUCCGCACUACGCCGAUGCUUUGGCAAAGUACGUGUUGGAUGAACACCGAGGGGACGAAACGGACGAUGGAAAGCUCGAGGAGUUGAGGGUGUACGAGAUCGGCGGCGGUUCGGGGACGUUUGCGAGCGGAUUUUUAGACGCCGUCAAGCGAGAGGCUCCAGAGGUGUAUAAGAGGAUCGUCUACACCUCGAUCGAUAUCAGUGCGAGAUUGAACGAGGCGCAGAGCGCCCGGGUACGCGUCGCCGGUCACGGGAAGGGGAGACAUCAGACGAAGAUUGGCGACGCGACGGACCCGACCACGUGGGGGCCAUCGAACGGUGAAGCGUGCUUCAUCAUCGCACUUGAGGUCCUAGAUAACCUCCCGCACGACAGGGUGUGGCGGCCGAAGCGCGGCGAGGGGGAGUGGACGCAGACGGAAAUCGUGAGAGAUCCCUCCACGGGAGAGCUCACGCAGCGCGACGCGCCCCUCAAGGAUGAUUUGAUCAAGAGGACGCUUCAGGCGGUCGACAUGACAGCAGACUUAGCCGUGGACGGUGACGGUGGCGCAUACAGACCUCGUGGGAUCAUGCAUUCGAUCAAACGCGCUCUGGGCGCUGUCGCGACUCGAGGCGACGAGACCUGGUUCGUUCCCACGGGCGCGAUGAAACUCUUUGAGACGCUUCAUGCGAAGCGGCCAAACCAUCGUCUCAUCGCCGCUGACUUCGACACCCUUCCAAGCGUGCGCAUAGAGGGAGUGAACGCGCCGCUUGUCGCGAGACAGCUAGAGGGGGGUCGAACGGACGAUCUUGACUCGUAUUUAUUGCCCGAUUCACUCGCCAGAUCGGCGGAUGUCUUCUUCCCGACGUGUUUUGACACGCUACGUUCAAUCGACUUCAUGACAUCGAGCGGGAACGCUGAACGCUCGAACGCUCGAUUGAGUACCAUCAUGACGACGAAGCAGUUCAUGUCCGAGUACGCCGACGUCGGCGCGACGAAGACUGGGAGCGGUUACAAUCCGCUUUUACAGGACUUUUCGAACACGAAAUUUCUCCUCUCGCGACUGGAGGGACAUCACGACCACGACCACGACCACUAG